GGUUAGCCGUGUGGGAUUGGGAAUCGCUGUCACCAGGUGGUCUGGCCAAACCCUCGUCGCGUCCGCGCGGCGGCGACCAUGGCCGCGGCCCUUCGGCUCCUGCGCCACCGGCUCGUAGCGCCGCCCUCUCCGAUGCUGCGUUCCCUCUUCCCUGCGUCCUACUCCAAGGCUGCGGCCGCCGCCGCCGACGACGACGACAUCCUCCCGGCCGUGUGCCGCGCCGCCCUGACCCCGCCGCCACCAUCUCUUUCCCGGCAAUACUGCAGGGAUGUUUUUCCAAGGAAAGCUCCCCCACCGAAGGAUGAACCAGGCUGCUGCACUCCUGUUCCAGAUGCCGUGAGUGAAGGUACAAAGUCGCUGCUGGAUCAACUGAAGGAUCUCAAGGAAAGUAAGAUGGCAUUGAGGGUCAGGAGAAAAAAUAUUAUGGAACACCGAGAAAGGAUAAGAAUAGGGUGUCAUGAGUGUAGGCUUUCUAGUGCUUUGUGUAAGGAACGGUUGGCACUCCAGAGGAAAUUUCUUGCCAAAAUACGUGAAGCCCGAGUUAGUUCUAGCAGAAUCAAGGCAUAUUGCUCCAAAUUGGAUAAAAUGGGGGAUGAAUAUGAUAAAGAUUGGGCCAUUGAGAUGUCUAAGGAGGAUUUGGUUGAUCAACAUAUUGAAAUGGUAGAGGAGGAGGAAAAGGACUAUCUCAAUGCUUUGAGGCGGUGUCAUGAAUUGGAAAGAUCCAUCAAAGAGAAGGUGAAGAAAGUUGGGAAAGUGUGUGGCGCUGUUGGUCUCGUGGGAGGGCUUCUGUUGAUGCUGGCAAAGAUGUAGAUUAGAGCAUCGUGGGCCUUUGCUUUGCUUCGUCUUCCUUCUGUGUAGAACUGGGCUGCUAGAUGACUAGGGGCUGAGCUGGUAUUUGUAGUAGUGGAGUAGCAUUUAACCGUUUCCUCGAUUACUCUCCAUGCCGAUGUACGGCGCAUCUUCGAACCUGCAGGAGAAGUGGCGCCGAACAUGUCCUUGCUAACAAAGAGAAAGGCAAGUGAUACCCUUCAUACUAUUGCAGUUAUCUCUGUAAUACUAAUAGAACUUGGUUCAUGCUAGGAUAUGCAACAUCCUGAAGAAGACUUGGGCUGAAAGAGCAAUGUGUUCCUCUUGUAAUAGGGUUAUGUACUUAUGUCUUCUGCUGAAUUCUGAUUACAAGUUCAGUAAUUAGACUGUUUAGUAUCCUUAUGCACAGUCCUACGGAAACUGAACUUUUGGAUAAGGCAGACCAUUUACCUUGUACAUUCGAAAUUUAAAGACUUUUUUGAGAGGAUGGAAGAUUAACGUUUUUCACUG